AUGGGAGACGAGUUAGAACUCAACAACCUCACCCAACCUUUGAAGGAUUUCACAGUUCCUAAAGCAUUGGACCAGCCAUCUUGCAUAGCAUACCCAGCCACUACAACCACCUUUGAGAUCAAGAGUGGCACCAUUCACCUUUUGCCACAAUUCUAUGGCAAGGCUGGGGAUGAUCCUCACAUACAUAUCAAGGAUUUCUUUGUCAUGUGCCCGACUAUGCACAAUGAAGGGAUUAGUGAUGAGGCAAUCAGAUUGCGUUUGUUUCCAUUCUCACUCAAGGAACGAGCCAAGGAGUGA